AUGACAAAGCAAGUCAAUAGAGACUCUUUUUACAGGCUAGCUUCAGACUUAGAAUCUGAACGCGUGAAAGGAGCUGUAACUUUAGUUAAUGAUCUCUCUGAAAGAGCUGUUAACGAUGAAGAUGCAAGUGAAUGGGACUAUGUUUUGCACAGACUGAUUAAAGGUUUGGCUUCUAGUAACCAAAGUGCACGCUUAGGUUUUUCUACAUGUUUAGCUGAAGUUGUGGCGCUGUCUAUAAAAAAAGGCCAUCUCAAAAGCAUUGACGAGUAUAUUGCCUUGAUGUUGAAACUACUAUCAAAGGAGAAAGUGAAGAACGGUAACGAAGAGCGCGGUAAACUCUUUGGGAGGCUUUUUGGACUUCAAACCUUGUUAAACGAACCUUUGUUCUCCAUAGCAUUUAAAGUCGAGAAAGGUUCUAUCUCGAAUGAGUUUGUUGUGUCCUUUACACGUCAUUUGUCUGAACUUGCCCAUAGCAAGCCAUGGCUGAGAGAACCUUGCUUAUUUACGCUUUAUCAAACUGUUGAAAAAUUGGCGGGCUUUUUUGAUGAAUCUAUGCUGCGCUCAAUGUUUAAUAUUCUAGAUGAGUACCAGUUUACGCUUACGAACGAAGGGCUUACAAUAUACUUGCAUCUACUCUAUAAAUGUGAAGAAACCCGGAAAAUUACUGAAAAUACCGAUUUAUUAUCUAACUUAGAUUUGCGUACCAAUUGGAAGAACAAUAACCCUCUAGCGAGUGGCAACGCAAAGUUAUUGGUUUCAGUUUUAAAAGAUGUUGUUCCGGCUGAAUCUGAUGGGCUUAAACAAAAAGGUUCUUGGGCACCAAGGUUGCAUUUUGUUUGGGAUAUUAUAUUACCAUUAAUAUGUCGUGUUAGGGAGACUCGUGAAAAUGAUGCUCAUGUAUCGAAGAAGAGAAAGAAGAGGCAAAAGUUGACCGAAAUACAGUUCCCAGAGUUCUGGCAAACUGUUGUGGAAGAAGUAUUUUUUAGUGAAAAGGCUUCAAGUGAGAGGAAGUAUCUAGGUAUACUAAUUCUGGAGAAAACUAUACAAAUUAUUCCUCAAGAGUUAGUUCAACAAGUAUUUUCAAAAAAUGUUAUGAGAACAUUAAUAAAUCAGUCAGUUGAUUCUAAGAGAAAUCUGCACAAGAUAACAAGUAAUUUAUUGAACCAAAUUGGAAUUGUCUGUGAGAAGCAGCCAAAUAAAACCGUAAAUAUCAUAGAAUCCCUAUGGUUUGGUCCCAAUGGUACGAUCAAUUUUGAUAGGCUUACAAAAUCGAAGACAGUUCAUGGAAUUUUAAUAUCGAGGUCAAUAGAUGAUGGAAUUUUAGCUACAUUGGUGGCCUGUAUCUUAAAGAACAUCCAAAAGGAACACGAUAAUUUUCAGAUUACCACAUUCGGUUUAGAUACCCUAUUGCAUAUUGUAAAGGGCCAUAGAUCGAAGGCAAGUUUUGUAUGGCUGGAGCAACUGUUACAAUAUAUUGUAAAAUUAGCUUUCUUCGACUUGAAUGACAAGAUUGGUCCACAUUCCCAAACGAAUAAUGAAGAACUUCAGAGUUUGGCAAAGGAAAGGCUAUUUUCAAUUCUUGGUGAAUUGAUUCCACUUUCUAAGAGUACUAAUAGCACCACGUGGUCAUAUGUUACCUUGCAGAUAUUACUAACCAAUGCGAAGACAGCCACACUAUCAUUGAAGCUCGACAAAGAGCUUGAAGAAGUUGCAAAGAAGGCUCUAGAAACCUUGGUAAACAUUAGAGCUGAUUAUAAUAACCCAGAAGCAGAUUUAAAGUUGAAGUCCUUGGAACAGCUUUUAUCAGUGUGUCUUCUACAACUUUAUGCAGGAGAUACUGAUGCUGUGUCGGUAUUAGAAGAAUUGAUUAGCUUUUAUUCGAAAUCUGGUAACGAAGUUAACACUUUAGUAGGACUCACAGAAUUGUUACUUUCUAUGCUCGCGCAAAAGAAAGCAAUGUUAAGAAAACUGUCAAUGCUUGUGUGGGAAUCAUUAGUUGUAGAUGUCGGUAAGGAACAGCUAGAAAUUUUAGUGGAAGUUUUAUCUGCAAGGGAAAAUAAGGAAGGAUUUGCUUCUUUAUUCGAGGCCGCUGAUGAAUAUGUAGACAUUUCAGAAGAUGAGGACAGCAACAGUGAAUGCGAUAGCCAUCAUGUUCAUGUUCAUGGCUCAGAAGGAGAAAACGAACGUAAAGAAACGGAAGAUUACGAAGAUAGUGGCAGUGGCAGUGACAGUGGCAGUGAAAGUAACAGCGAAGAAGAUGAUGAAAGUACUAGUGAUGCCGAACAAGGUGAUGAUGUCGCGAGAAUAGACAAGGAAACUACAAGCGCACUUGCCACUGCGUUGAAACUUCCAGACAACAUUUUAAAGGAUAAUGGAGAUAUCGGUUACAAUAUAGAAGAUGAUGGCGAAGAAAGUGAAGAAGAGUCUAUGGAUGACGAGGCCAUGUUGGAAUUGGAUGAUCAACUGUCCGCGAUAUUUAAACGCCGCAAUGAGGCUCUUCAUAAAGUACAAACUGGUAAUCAAAGAAAGCUUGAAGUGAAAGAAUUACGGGAAUCUGUUAUUUCAUUUAAGCAUAGAAUUUUGGACAUGCUGGAGAUAUAUUAUAAACACAUCGAUCGUACCAUAAAUUGCAGUGAAAAGUGUACGUCUCGAAUGUGUUACGAUUUACUAUCAACAAUAAAGCCUCUCAUUAAAUGUAUGCAGCAGACUACGGAUAAAGCGCUCGCCGAUAAGUCUGCAAGGUUAUUAAAGGCUAAUGUUUGCAAACUAAAGGUAAGUUAUAUUUCUAAAGAUGUAGAUGGAGAACACAUCAUAAGUUACUUAAAAGACCUACAUUCUUCUGCAAUUGCUUCAAAACCAGGGCAAUUCCCUAAUUUGUAUUACUCCACCUGCUCCACUACGUCACUUUUCUUGGCAAAAGUUCUCAAUGCGGUCUCUAAUAAUGAAUCAUCUUAUGCCUCAUUAAUCGAUAUCUACGCAGAAAGUAUGAAGAAUUGGGUUAGCAACGGUAAAUUUGGGCGUUCAUUCUUCAUUGAUUUCGUCAAUUGGUUGGAAUCUAAGAAAUCAAAAAACUAG